AUAAGCCCAGAUUCUCCUCUUAUAUUAAACGAAUCUCUAGAGACUAUGGUUUGGAUACGGGGUCUAUUGCCAAUCCUUUGCGCCAGCGUUUUAGCCAAUGGGAAAGAUAACAAUGUUAAUAGCAUUAACCUUCCGAAUGGAUCUAUAAUGGUCAACACCUCCACAUCGGACCUUACGGAAGCGGAGGGAAAUACCUAUGUGCCAGGACCUGGAUUCUUUCAAGAGACCGUCAUCGAUAAACUUCCGGCUAAGACAUUCCAACCAUUGCCAGGUCUUGGAAAUAAUAUCGUCAUUGUAAGCGAAAGUAAGCAAAUUAAAGACGGUGAAGAAAACGUGGUUAUCUCCAAAGUGCUAACGGUAACAAAAGAGCCCAGACCAUCUAUAAAUGAUUUUAUGCAUGGUACAGAGGUAUUUCAAGGACCUAGUCAUCAGAACUUUGAAGGCGCUGACUGGGAGCAUACUUUCGAUUGAAACAUCCUUCAUUUAUUCAGUUAUUGGGGAAGGAAAUAAAAUUUUAAUGAAUUGA